AUGGAGCUCUGUAUUAAUCAACUUGAUGGAAUCACUGCACAAUCUCAACCACAAACUCCAGCCAGUUGUCCAAAUCGUUCACCAUUAUCCUGUUUCAACACUUCUAUCAAUGGCCCAACAUCAGCAGUAGAAACAAAUAAAAUAUUGACUUUUCGAGAAGUUGAUCAUCCAACAAGUGUUAUCACUAGUAGGAAGAUCAGUCAAAACAUUCAAUCAUCAUCAUCAGCAGCAGCAUCCUCUCUGACAUCUUUGACAAACACUAAUCGACCACCAUUGUCACUAUUAGGUAUUCUGGCUGCUAAACGAAUCACACGGAAAUUUCUAUCGACAUUGGCUGAUGAGAAACAUCAAAGACGUCUGAGUACAUUCAGUAGACUAUCAGUUAAAGAAAUAAACAACAUUGAUUAUUCAACUCACCAUAUAAGAUUUAACCAGUUACUAAUGAAUAAGGAAUCAAUAAGGUGGAAAUGUAUAUCAAAUGAAGAUGGAUACAGAUAUAUAACAUCACCAUGGGGAUCCUUUGGAAAAUUCUGGUCAAUACUGGAAACGCUUAUUGGAUUCAUUUGUACACUAAAUGGAAUAUGGAACACAGUUGAACAUUGGUUAGCAGCAAUUAGGAACGUUACAAAUGGUAAUCUAGAACAGGGAUAA